UCAAAAUCUUUAGAUUUCAAGAUGGCGGACGUUGUAGAUGAAGUGAUUAUGGACUCCGAUGAAAAUGAAGAUAUUUUACCUAAAAGUACAGAAGAAAUUGCUGAAUUGAAAAAAGAAAAUGGCAAUCAAUUAUACAAAAUCAAACAAUAUCGAUCAGCACUUCCUCUAUAUACCGAAGCUAUUAACCUAUGCCCAGACACAGCUGCGUAUUACGGAAAUCGAGCCGCUUGUUACAUAAUGCUAAAUAGAUAUGAAGAUGCUUUAGAAGACGCAAGGAGAUGUGUUCAGCUGGAUCCCAAAUUCGUAAGGGGCUACAUAAGAAUGGCCAAAUGCAGCCUAGCUCUCGGUGACCUCAUGACGGCCGAAUACGCAAUAAAAAAAGUACAAGAACUACAACUGGAAGGGUCGGGCAUAUCAAGUGAAUUGAAAUCUCUGGAAAAGCUCAAGCUCUAUGAAAACGAUGCAACAAAGUCUUACGACAAAAAAGAUUUCCGCAGAGUGGUGUACUGCAUGGAUAGAUGUUUAGAUGAGGCCCCCUUCUGUGCAAAAUACAAAUUGACCAAAGGGGAAUGCCUUUCAUUCCUCGGGAGAUACCAAGAAGCCCAGGAAAUCGCCAACAGCAUCCUCCAUCACAACAAGGGCAACGCUGAUGCUAUUUAUGUCCGAGGCAUGUGUCUGUUUUACGAGGACAACAUUGACAGCGCCUUCCAACACUUCCAACAGGUGCUGAGACUGGCCCCCGACCACAAGAAAGCCAUGGACGUCUACAAACGGGCGAAACUCCUGAAGAAAAAGAAAGAAGAGGGAAACGAAGCGUACAAGCUCUGCCGAUUCCAAGAGGCUUGCAAGUUGUACUCGGAAGCGCUUGAAGUGGACCCACUCAACAAGAAAACUAACGCCAAAUUAUAUUUCAACCGCGCUACCGCUCUUGCCAGACUAACCAAGACCAAAGAAGCGAUCGCUGAUUGUACUGCCGCUUUAAAUCUCGACGAUACUUACCUCAAAGCCCUCCUCAGAAGGGCAAAGUGCUACAUGGAUUUGGGGGAUUACGAGGAGGCCGUUCGCGAUUACGAGAAAGUGUGCAAGUUGGACAAGAGCAGGGAACACAAAAAGUUGCUUCAGGACGCCAAGUUUGCCUUGAAGAGGUCCAAACGUAAGGACUACUACAAAAUCCUCGGUGUGGACAGGAACGCCGGCGAUGAGGAGAUUAAGAAGGCGUACAAAAAACGGGCGUUGAUACACCAUCCCGAUAGGCACGCCAAUGCUACGGAGAACGAGAAGAAGGAACAGGAAAAGAAGUUUAAAGAAGUCGGGGAAGCGUAUGGGGUGCUCUCGGAUCCAAAGAAGAAAGCUCGAUACGACAGCGGGCAGGACAUGGAUGAUUUCGAUGGGGGAAUGUCAGAUAUCGAUCCCACGCAGGUGUUCCAUUCCUUCUUCGGGGGAGGCCACGGACAAGAAUUCUCGUAUGGCGGCAUGCCAGGAGGAUUCACUUUCCAGUUUGGUUAAAAUGUGCAACGACGGCUCCUUGUACAUUCCACAGUUUAAGGUUUUUUCAUUUUUCAUCUUUAUUUUUCUGUAGUAUUUAUUUAAGUUUUUAAUGAAUAAAAACUAACCCUAACACCUUCACUUCAUGUUAACGAUGAGUUUCGUCCGUUAGACGUAUGUGAUGUUUUUUUUUUCUAAGUAUGUAUUUAGAAAUAAAGAGAGGUUAUAACUGAUAUUAUUUAUGAUGUUUAAACCACAGUUUCCAUUUUUUUUGCCCUUUGCCUUUCGAUUUUGGAAUUAACCGCACAACUACUCCGUUGGGCAAAACCUUGUAUAUUGUUUAUUAAAGUUGCAAAUAAAAAUUGGUUGAAUUAGAACACA